AUUCUGCCAGCGAUGGAAGAGGACGCGCAUAUUGAGUCGGCGCCCGCCGCACUUCAAACAAACGACCAAAAACACUUGAAAGAAUUUAUACUUGUAUUAGAAACACUACCUGAGAUAUGGGACAGCUCAAAUGCAAACAGAAUUAAUAAAGUGAAAAGGGCGAAUGCGUAUGAGCAGCUGCUUGAAAUUUAUAAGAAAAUUAAACCAGGCGCGACAGCUAAAGACGUGAUUGCCAAGAUCAAUUCAUUAAAAUCGAACUAUAGAAAAGAAUUAAAAAAAAUAACAGAUUCGAAGCGAUCGGGUGUUGCAGCUGAAAAUGUAUACAAUCCAAAGUCUUGGGUAUUUCAUAUGCUGAAAUUUUUGAAUAAAAAUGAAAAGCCGAUUGAUAGGAGCGAGUUUUCUGAAUUGGUUAAGUCUGAAAACGAAGAAGAACAAAGUGAGCCUUCAUUUUCUUCUAUGGGUGUACCCGCUCCGCCAUCAAAAAAACUUAAGAAGAAGGGGCCAGUAGCAAGACAGAAUGAUCUUCUCGAAAAAGCCUUUAAUUAUUUGUCGCAAUCAUCGCAUCAAUCUGAGUCUCCAAGUGUAUCAUUCCCAAAUAUAGAUCCUACUGCUGUUUAUUGGGCUCAUAAGCUAAAUAAAUUGAUGCCAACUCAAAGACUGCUCGCCGAAAAGGCAAUCAACGAAAUUCUUUUCGAAGCUGAACUUGGGACACUAAACAGGGACUCAGUACAAAUUAACACUUGCCCUCAAGUUUUUAACCGCAUUGUAUCUCAGACUUCGAAUAGUCAUCCAUCGCCAUCACCAUAACCGAAUAGUGUACCUCAUUCGACGCCGUCACCGAUUUACUCGAAUUCUGUAUCUUUACAAUUACUACAAUCUGUUACAUCUCCGGAAAAUUGUGUUGCAAAGACUUAUUAAUUUUGAUUUAGUGAAUACGUUGACGGUCUGAUUUGAGACUAGUUGAGCUCCUUAGCAGCAUAUAAUUAUCACGAAACACAUAUUCAAAGGGAUUUCAGAAGCAGCAAUCACUGAAAUAUUCUAUAGUACUAUACUUGUUACAUUAAAUGCUUUCUUGAUCAAAUAAUAAGAGCUAUUGUUCCAUCGAAAUUGGCUAAGAUUUUCAAAGUUCUGGAGGAUUGUACAGAGCGCCAGAGAGCGUAAACUGGAGUAGUGGCACGCCAAAGUUUUACAAGGCCGCUUUCUCGCGCUCUUGUCUAGAACUACAGAAUUACAUUGUGCCUUGAAUCGCACUCAGUGCAGCCACUUAGUCAGAUGUUGUCGCGUCAUUUCUGAAGAUACGAAAAACUAAACACAGAUUCUGCUUUCCCGAAUUACCUUUUUGACAUAUUACAUCUAAUAGUUUGAUCACAAUUCUCAAAGGACCGCCCUUAAUUAAUUAAAGGAUUGUCGUUGGCAUCACGACAGGUUAGACCCUUUCAAACAAUUUGGAACUUUCGAAGUUACUUGAAACAUGUAGGACUCGAUUAGUAUUUAAGCUAUAAAUAUUUAUCGAGUUGCUUUAGAUGAUAUUUGUACAAUAAUGCUUUAUAUGAAAAAUUUUACAUUUAAAUUUUUGAAUAAUGCGCAGUGACUUAUAAAAAUAUUUUAAGUAACUCUUGAUAACCAAAGCAAAGUUUUUACAUUUGUUGUAGUAUGAACUUUCUUGGAAUUAUCCAACAGAACCAGUAGUUCCUGUGAUGAAAUCCUAACUUAGUACGAAACUUGCAUCUUGUCUAUUGUGAACUCUGCAAUCUGGUACGAAGUCCACUAUAAUGUUCAUAGCAUAUACUAUUAUUUGUUAUAAUAUGUCUUUGCAUAAACAAAAUAGUACAUUGUAAUUAUUAUUAUUCAGUUUUUAAUACUGUAAUAUUUUGUUAGCAAUAGAAAUGUGUUUACUUAAAUAACUGUCUUAAGUAAUUGUUAACCAUCGGUUUCUUAAUGCUUUUAGUUAAAACUUAAAUUAUUUUUAUUUAUUUAUUUAUUCUAUACAUGAUUCUAAAUAGAAAGAAGUUGGCGUGGUGGAAACACAAACUGGACACAGUUUUUCCGUCCACCAGGUCGUCGAAAAUAUUUAAAUAAUUAACCUAUUACACACUCAGGCCAGUGACAUACUAUACAAUAUAACACCCCCACCAAUAAACCAUAAAAAUUGCACGAACAACAUAUACCAAUUGAAACAAUGACGCUCCACAGCCGAUGCAAGAAACCUGUUCUUGACGAGAAAUUCUCAUUCGAAUACAGGAUGUGUAUUCGAAUUUACAUAUUCGAACAUGAACUAAAUGACGACGUCCUACUUUUAGUUAUGCAUAAUUUGUAAUUGUUUGACUUAUAAAGUAAUUUUUUAAUUUAAAUUUGAUAUUGUUUCCUGUUACAUUAGCAAAUAGCGCAGCCGGUAACGAGUUUAAUAGAUUUGGAAUAAUAUAGUCUAAUGUUUUUUUCCCAUAUAAAUUAUUGUAUUUUGGUAAAAGAAAUUCGUUUUUUAAUUUUCUACGUGUUGUAUAGUGAUAGUGAGUUUUAGUUGUUUUAAGGUAAUUGUCUGUAAAGUAGUUUUCAUUUAAUAAUGCUAGCUGCACUUUCUCUUGUAUAGGUAUAAUUUUGAAAAAUGCAAAUAGCUUUCUAUAGUCUUCUUUAUAUUGUGAUUUUAUUUUGUAAGGAGCAAUUGCUUUUAAAAUACGUAUUUGUAAUGAAAAUAUUUGAUUAAGAUAAGUUUUGCAUGUUCUCCCAUAGCUUGA